CAUGAAACACAAUCUUUCGACUUGCACCACCAUCUCCAUUAUAUACAGCAAGGCCUCUUACACUCAGCCAGCGACCAAAACCUUAAAACUAGCAAUCAAUUCAAUUCUUAUCUUCAUGGCUGCCUCUGUUGUCCUGAAGCUGACUUGCUUGGUGCUUGCAUGCAUGGUGGCAAGCGCACCCAUGGCUGCCGAAGCAGACAUAGCAUGCAACCAGGUGGUGAGUUACCUGACCCCAUGUGUUUCUUAUGUAGCCAGUGGUGGGUCUGUGCCGGCUGCUUGCUGCAGCGGGAUCAAGUCCCUCUACGAUCUGGCUAAGACCACGGCGGACCGCCAGAGCGUUUGCAGGUGUCUGAAGCAAGCUGUUAAUGGGAUUCCGUACACUGGUUACAACAUUGGUCUAGCAGCUGGACUUCCUAACAAGUGUGGGGUUAACCUCCCUUACAAUAUCAACCCUUCUGCAAACUGCAACGACAUAAAGUGAGGUUGAUGGACCAGUGGUUUUCAUCUACAAGAAGAUGUAGUAGCUUGAGAAUAAAUGGGUGCUUUUAUAUAUCUGCCUGUAGCUCCUGUUAUAGCUUCGUCUUUGUAGUCUUGUAGUUGUAAAUCAUCCACUUGAUGGGUUGAUCUUGCUUUUAGUUCUAUGUACUUUGCCUUCCAAGAAGAUCAAAUCUGUGGAUGUAUAUCUCAGUUAUCACUAAAGAGUCAUGUUUGCUACUUUAUCCUUGCUAAUUGCAUUUGACUUUUACUUC